CGCGAGGUAAAUCAUGGCUAGGAUAGUAGAGGAUAGCGAGGAGGAGUUCCCCGAUCUUGCAGAUAUCCUUAAGUCUUCGAAAUCGACAUCGUGCCGAAAGACCACAUCGAUAUCGACGACUCGCGAAUCAAGAGCAACGGAAGCUGCGAGGCGGAGCGCGAAACUGGGCGGUGAAUCCAAAGCAUCCAAUAGCAUACGAGAAGGACUUGCCAAAGAUGUGUGUGAGAGGAAGGGAGCACAGGCUGAGCUUCUGGAGAGGGAGACGAAGAAGUCAAAAAAGCGUGUGUUGAAGCCAAUAUCUGACAACCCUCUCCUACGGCCGAUAGCGAGUACAGACAUAAGAACUGCACCAUCUAAACCAUCUGGAAAAGUGACCGGCUCCAAGGCUGGGGAAAGGAGGAGAGUGGUGGUAGAGAAGAGACCGGACCCUGUUCCCCACGCGGAGUGGGAGGAAGAAGAGAGCGAUUUCGGACCCGAAUAUGAUGGUGACAGUGAUGGGAUGUCAGAUUUUGUGGUCAGCGAUAGUGAGAGCCUGGAAGAUGACGAGUCCGUGGUCGAAAAUUUACCGCCGAGGUCUGCCAGAAGACUUGUCCAGGGGAAGAGACUGGCAAAGAGUGUCGAGGAGGAAUACGGAGAGCUGGACCUGAAGAUGGGGAAGCUGAAGCUGGAUGUCAAGGAUAGCAACAUGAAGCUGCCAGCCAAGGUUCCGGCAGCGAAUGAAGUCAUGAGCCUCGAUGAGAGGGAUCCUGGAAUUGGGCGUCGGAAGAAUAUUUCUCAGGAUGCACCAAAGGCCGGACAGAAGUCUGAAGAAAUAACGGAUUCAAUUCUUGAAUUGGGGUCCGUCCUUGAUGACCCGGCUAUCUUACGAUUCUCGCCCUCGCAGAACAGGCUCCACAAACUUCCAAAAGAACCCCGUCUCAAAACUCCACCCCCAAGCCCCAGCCACAAGCCAGCAGGCUUGGUAUCACCCAAGAAAAUCCAGCGCAUCCCUCUUACUCCUCACCGACCCAGCAUGGACAGUUUCUGGAGUCAAGAAGUCAUCAAUGACUGGAACGAUGAGUUCUCUCCCCGAAAACUCCCAACGGUACCCCCAAAACCCUUAUUUCAGGAUCACUCUUCAUCAGAGGGUGCCGCCCCCUCGCCUAGGAAAAGCCCGACCAAGCAAGAUCGCAUAGCACGGGAUGCCAAAAAGGCCUUCUCACAACGAAAGCAUGACCUUGCAGAGUCAUUUCUCGUGGAGCUUGAUGACGCUAUCACUGAUGGGCAGAUUGCGAAAUUGGCCGCGGCCACUGGAGGAGUGAAGAUUAUCUGGAGCAAGAAACUCAACACUACAGCAGGCCGUGCGAAUUGGAAGCGGGAGACCAUCCGAAGUCACACUCCUGGGCCGGAUGGCAGGCCUGCUCCAACAUAUCGACAUCAUGCCGCAAUUGAACUCGCGGAGAAAGUGAUCGACGACGAACACCGUCUGUUGAAUGUCAUGGCGCAUGAAUUCUGCCAUCUCGCAAACUUCAUGAUCAGCAAUAUCAAAACGAACCCCCACGGCAAGGAAUUCAAGGCCUGGGCCUCGAAAUGCUCGGCACAUUUCGGGCAUAGGGGUAUAGAAGUCACGACGAAGCAUUCGUACGCUAUCGAGUACAAAUAUAUCUGGGAAUGCACGAACUGCGGGAUCCUAUUCAAGAGACAUUCGAAAAGCAUUGACCCUUCGAGGCACCAAUGUGGGAGUUGUAAGAGUAAAUUGGUGCAGAUCAAGCCUGUACCCAGGAUAGUUGGCAGCAAGAUAAGUGAGUACCAGAACUUUGUAAAGAAUAAUAUGAAGAAGCUCAGGGAGGAGAACCCGGGAAGCCCACAGAAGGAGAUUAUGAGCUUGGUGGGGAAGAAGUACCAGGAAUUUAAAGCGUCUAAGAUGACAAAUGGAAUGGAUGAUGGACAAUCCUUCGAAGGCAUCAGCGUCGAGGAAGAUGCCAGUUCCAAGGAGGGCUCUCCUGAGGAUGACGGCACUAGUUCUAUUGCGAGGAAGUUGAACUUCCUUACUUUGACAGAUUCCUGAAUUUGGAAAAGCUGGCAGGGCCUGAAAUAUACCAAUCUCAACGUCUCAUUCAUGUGUCUGACAUUCAUUCUGGCAUCCUAGGCACAGUAGCCGAUGCUCUCCCGCAAACCGGCAAUAGAGUUGCCA